AUGGAUAAUUGUAAUCCAAUUUUAACACCAGUAGAAGAAAGACUGAAGUUGACAAAAGAUGGAUCAGGAGAGCUUGUGAAUUCAACAGAUUUUAAAGGUCUUGUUGGAUGUUUAAGAUAUUUGACUACUACAAGACAUGAUAUCAUGUAUGCAGUUGGGUUGGUUAGUAGGUUUAUGGAAGCUCCUAUACAAUCACAUUUACAAGCUGCAAAACGUAUUCUGAAGUAUGUAAAAGGAACAACAAGCAUGGGAAUCUUCUGUACUGUUUUAGAAGAUCCAAAACUGGUUGGUUUUACUGAUAGUUGUAUGGUUAAGAAUGAUGUUGAAGUCAUUGUUUCAAGAACAAACAACACCAACAACAAUAGUUUGUGA